UUAUUCCACCAUAUAUAGACAAUCAAAAACCAUAUUUUAGAGGAAAAACAACAGAUUAUUUUUAUGAUCGAAAAAGGUGUUAAAUAUUCUAUCGACUUGGUCGAUUCAUUAAUCACCGCUCUGCGCAGGGUUACACAGCAGUUAUUUAUAGCACAUUUUCUGAAAAGACUCAGUGCGACUGCGUAUAAAUUGUCUUGAAAUUCGUCGUCCAUAUUAGUUUCACGCGGGAGCACAAAACAGUAGUAAAAAUGUCUUCUGGAGUUCAAAUUUUAGAGGAAUGCCUGACAGCCUUCAAUGACAUCAAAAUGAAUAAGAAAUAUGUAUAUGUCAUCUUCAAAAUCGUAGACCAUGAUGGCAAAGCAAAUUCCGCUAUUAGUGUAGAGGAGACUGCUGCAGGCAUAAAAGAGAAUGACCAGGAAUUACAGGAUAAAGCCUAUGAAGAAUUUAGUGAAAAACUAAGAAAGGUAGCAGAGAAAAAAGAGUGUCGUUAUGCAAUAUUUGACUAUGGGUUCAUGCAGGCCAAUGCAACAUGGAAGAACACUAUUAUUUUUUUCCAGUGGAACCCUGACAAUGCUGCAGUUAAACAGAAGAUGUUGUACACAAGCAGUGGCAAAGAUUUCACUCCAAAGUUGAAAGGACUCGGCAAGAAAAUUCAAGCCAACUCCUUGGAAGACAUCGCAGAAUCUGAAAUUAGGGCCCAGUGUUUGGAUUCAUCACGUGCUACCUAAAAACAGGCUGAUAGAAAGACAAUAUUCUUGAAGAACAAUUAAACUAGCAUACAUUAAAAUCACUAAAGAAGUUGUGUAGAGUUUUUUCAUUUGCCUUAUUAAUUUACUUCAUUCUUAAUUAAUCAGGAAUAAAAACAUCAAUUUAUAUAUAUUCUUGAUACUUCUCUGCAUUGAACUCAAUCUUCAUGUGUCUAAGUGUGUUAUGUUCAUAAUCUGCACAAAUGUUAUUACAGUUUUUAAGCAACUUCAGCUAAAAGGUAAAAAUCGGGUUCACAAAAUGCCAGUAGUUUAAAACUAGUCAGAUUAUAAAUAAAAAUGUGCAAUUGAUGAAGUUUUCUUGCAAAAUUUCUCAUUGCUUCCAGUGGCUAUUUAACAUCCUACAUCCCUAAUAAUUUCAUUGAAUAUUUCAUUAGGAAAGUUUUAUCUCAAAGGUAAACUGGCAUAGAGUAAGGCUAUUUGACUAUAGAGAUGUAUUUGGCUGAUGUCUUAAUUAGUCUUAGAAAAGGGUUGUCUUAAUUUUCCAACUUAAAAGUGUAAUAGGCACCCAUAUUUUGUCUGGUAAAAACUGACGUGUAUAGCUUUUUACUUUUGAUAAUAAAAGAUGACUUUGUGUAAAAUGAUACAGAGAAAAGGAUAAAAGUAUCUUAGACAAAAUUUGUGUGUACAGUGUCAGUAUUUGCUAACAAUGUGUAAAGGCCUAUUUCAAGAUCCAGUACACCUAAAUGUAAAUAAAAGUUUCAUGUCUAUUUCA